CCUCGAUAAAUUAACGUCAUCCACAGUCCAAGUCAGUCUAAGGGUCCACAAGACCAUCUACUAUCAAGUCAACCAUUGGUACACGCUACAUGCCCAUUGCCCAGUACUACCGGUAGGCCACGUCAAAAUAUAUAUCCACUAAAAUGAUUGAAAUCGAGUCCAUGACGAGGUACGUCUCACCGAUAAACCCAGCUGUGUUUCCACAUUUGGCUGUAGUCCUGUUAGGAAUCGGUAUAUUCUUUACCGCGUGGUUUUUCGUCUACGAAGUAACCAGCACCAAGUUUACCAGAGACAUAUUCAAGGAAUUGCUGGUCUCCUUAGUAGCUGCAAUAUUCUCCGGUUUCGGUGUACUGUUUCUACUGCUUUGGGUCGGAAUUUAUGUUUAGUCAUGGAUCACAACCCAUUUUGCUACACCAGACAUAUUCAAAUUUCUACAGGUUGAACACUGACUUGCAUGUGAUUCUUGUGACUUCAAGGAGCCGUGCUAUACAUCUGGUAAUAUUCCAUUGAACCGAAGUCUUUUUUCUAAAUAUUUAUAAUAAAUAUGGUAAAAUAGAUUCCACUGUGUGUUAUGGCACAGACUCUUUAAACCUUGUACAGUGUUCCUCAAUUCUGUUUUUGACAAAAAAAAAAGAGAAAGAAAAUAAACUAUGUAAUAAAAACAAAAUACAACACUGUACAUAUUCAUACUAAAUGUAAAUAUAUAGUUUGCAAAUUUUAUUCUCAAAUACAUGUCGACUGAGAAAUUGAAAGAAUCAUGAAUCUUUGUUUGAAAUGUGCGUUAUGAUCGUUUCGUAAGGACUUUAUUUUAUUACAGAGUUAUUACUUAUCAUUUCUAUUCAUUCAAUGGUAUAUCGAUAAUUUUUUUUUUUAUUUAAUAUACAUUGUACGUGGUAAAUAAAUCUUUGUUCGCAUAUAUUGAAAUAACUUGUGUAGGUAUAAUUAAUUACAUUUUAAAGCCAACUGUUCAUCAUCUCAGCACCAAAAUCAAUUUCUAUUCAACCUGCCAGACCAGCCUUCUGUCUGCAACGCAACAUUAGUGCUCGGAGCAUAAAUUGCCGACGUGAAAGCUGUCGAA